ACGUUUGUCUUUACACGGAUUGUUUACGGUAACGGUCAAAAUAAUGAGUGUUUACCUGGUUGUCUCCAUAGUUUUAUGCUAUAUUGUGUGGAUAAAAUGCAUUUACUGUCGACAUCGUCGAAGUUUGGUGACGUCAUUGAGACACCUAAUGAACGGUUCAACGAGCAGCGCUGAUAUACGAGCUCUGAUUGUAACCGCGCAUCCGGAUGACGAGUGUAUGUUCUUCGCUCCGACGAUUCUGCGACUCGUUGAGCUAAACGCCAGCGUUCAUUUGCUGUGUUUAUCUGAAGGGAACUACUACAAUCAAGGAGCUCAGCGUAAACGAGAACUUGUCAACAGCUGUGCCGUGUUGGGGAUACCAGACUCCAGAAUCACCAUAGUAGACCAUAAAAGACUUCCAGAUGAUCCCAAAGCAGACUGGAGCGUCUCACUGGUCUCUUCUAUGAUUGUGAACCACAUGAGAGCUCAGUCCUUCAACAUGGUGCUGACCUUCGAUGGAAGCGGAGUGAGCGGCCAUGCCAAUCACAUAGCCAUCCAUAAAGCUGUCAGCCAUCUCGCUUCCAGUGGACAAGUACCCAAUGACUGUUGUUUGCUGUCCCUGGUGACGGUUGGCCUCUUCAGGAAGUACAUCUCCUUCCUGGAGCUUCCCUUCAGCUGGCUGCUUCCCUCAUGUCUCCACUGUGCUAUAGGCUCACAGGGAUACAGACAAGCCAGAGACGCCAUGUUUUGUCACCGCACUCAACUCCUGUGGUUUCGUUACCUCUACAUCACCUUGUCUCGGUACAUGUUCGUCAACACAUUUCAAAUGAUCCCCAAAGGGCCAAAGAACCUGAAGAUCUAUUAGGUUUAUCUUCAUCCAGAUGCACUGACUUUUGUUACUCUGUUAGGUGUCCCGCUGCCUAACUGCUUGAAUACUGAAGUAAAAGAAAUGUAGGAGCUGUUUAUUGAUCUAAUGAGCUGUUUUGCUCACAGUGAAAAACGAUUUCUUCAGUA